AUGGCAACCCCAGUGCCUGGAGAAGACAAUCACAGCACUACAGAACAAGGCCCUCAGAUUUCUGGCCCUGAGUCGGAAACAUCAGUUUCGAGACAUGUAGAUUUGACCCUCAAUGCUGCAACUCCGAUCCCAAUCUACAACCCAUAUAUGCAACAAGUGGGGCCACAGAAUUACCCUUCAUUCCAAAGAGCAGAUUCUCAUCAAUCAUACUAUGAUCAGCAAGAUUACGCGUCUAACAGCAUACAUGAAGGAAACGUGUACACGGCACCAGCGGAGUUGCGUCGCGGUUACCAAGAAUACCAUCCACCUGCGGAAGAGCAGAUACAAGGAUAUCGGGGACGUCAACAACAAAAUAACUUGGAGCGAGCAGAGGGUUAUGUCGACAGUGAACAGACCGCAUUUGAAACUAGACAGCAAGAGCAACUAGUACUACCUCGGACAUUAUCUCAUAUGAGGCAGAGAAUCAGGAGGCGGAACAGGACAAACAGGGGGCGUGUUUCAAAUAACCGCACCGUCGCUGCAGGCGCUGCGAACAGAGAACGUAGCGCUUCGACCAGCAUCACAGGGUCUGUGACAAGUGGAUUCAUGCCACAAACUCCCAUCGAAAUUGAAGGGAGUCAAGAAAGGUUGUCCCGAUUAACUUCAGCAGUGACAGAAAUCGAAGAACCGUUAGGCAUAGGGGACAGCUUUAAAUGCAACAUUUGCUUUCAGAAGGCGAACGAAGCAGUGGUUACAUGCUGCGGCCAUCUCUUCUGCUGGCCGUGCCUGUACAGAUGGCUACAUGUGCAUUCAUACCACAAGGAGUGUCCAGUCUGCAAAGGGUCAGUGGCCGAAUACAACAUUACGCCAAUUUAUGGGCGUGAGAAUGCUCUAGCUGAGGCCGGAAUGCAGGAUGGACUAGGGACUGAAACAACACCUCCGCGCCCUGUUGCAAGGAGAGUAGAGAGCGCAAGGCAACAAAGAGAUAGAGAGAGGCGUGACCGAGAACUUCGGGAAGCAGAAGCUGGGGAGAGAACUAACCAAGAGCAUGAGCAAGUCUUACAGGUUGAGAGGGUAGCUACAGAAACUGAAGGUCAGCCACAGGCACGCAGUUUUGACAUCCCAAACUCCGAGGUCACACCCCUUAGAGGUGUGGAUAUCCUGCAGGCAGGUGCGGAAAUUGUAUCCAGAUUGCAGGACAUGGAGCGUGGCAUGAAUGAAUGGGAUAGAGCGGAAAACGAUCCAACAGAACGGUCUCAAAUCAGCCACUGGCGGGGUAGACUACCCUUUACACGCGAGCAGCUCCGGCAAACUUCGGCAAACUCUCACUCAAGGAGUGCCACACAUGAGGAUCCAGUGGUAACAGGCGGGGCAAGACAACAAACACUGUCACCCAGUGCCCCUCUGUCACAAGAGUGGGAGCAUAUAAUAAACAACGCUCGUCUCGUGAUGGAUCCAUCAGAGGCCGCUUCAUGGAUAGCAUUGAUGCAUGCAUUCCUAGCAAACACGGAAGAGAACUCAGACCCCAACACCGUGGCCGCACAACAAAGGAGGCAAAUCAUAGCUUCUGCUGUUUCCCAACUAUCUCAACCACAGGAAGACUCCAUCAGCAGCUUGGCAGUCAACCCCUCGCAAGUAUCAGACUGGAUCACCACCAUGCGCACCCAACUCAACAAUAUCGCGCAACUAUUGCAGAACUUGGAGCGACCGAUUGAAGGAAACCUAAGGCCCCAAUCCACAGCUACUCUAGAUGUAGGAAACCUUAUCACAAUCCAGCUUGAUGAUACUGAAGGUCUAAACCCAAGUGAAUUUCUUGCUGAGCUGAAUGCAACCGCAUCACCACAGGAAAUCACCUCUGGUUCUGAACAAAAUCCAAAUCUUGUUGAGUCGUUAAAUGCUGCUUGGGGACGGGAGAGCGAUCCUGAGAGAAUUGUGCCAUUUACUCAAUCGGUUAGAAGGCCCAGGAGGAGGAUGGAACAUGAAGAAGCUUCACAGGUGAUUUCUCAGGAAGGAGCAGAAGCACCUCAUGAGGACCAAUUGCAAUUGACCCGCAAACGGAGGAGAUUGGAUUGAUGUUUCUUCAAAAUACAAGAUACCCCCUGAAAGACUCAUUGACUUGUAUCUAUAUGUUCCAGAAAUCCCAUUGGAACAACACAGAGAUUGCGUAGAUGAUUCUACUCCUCAGCACAGUCAUCGAAGCGAACAAAACCUUCACAAAAUGUGACAUGUACCUUAGAUUCUGACAGGUGGUCUAUGUAAGUGACAAAGGUGGUAAAGAUUUUAUGUAUAAAGGUAAUAGUGGAGUUACACAUA